AAUGUGAUAUGCCGUGGAGCCACUCAUCCACCAAAGCCAUUUUCUCCACCCGCUCUGCACCUAGCUGCCAUUGUUGACCAGAAACAAAGCCUCUGCUGGAUCUCACCUCUCGGCUGGAACUAGUACCCAUGUCUUCCUCCUGAGAUAAAAAUCCCCUUUUCCACAGGCACCGGGCAACACUUCGCAGCGCUGCAGCAGGGCUUCUUCUCCAGGGACCUGCUGCUUCUUGACCAUGUUUAGUAUGGUUUGACCAGUCAUCCACACAGUGGCAUCUUUGAUUCAGAUAAAUCCCAUUGGGUAUUUUGUUUGUAACUGCAAAUGGAUCGCCAAGCUAUUACCUCACGAAGUGAACUGGAGCAUAUUCUAUUUGAUGACAGCGCGGAACCAAAGGCCCUACCUUUAUCACUUCUGGAGCACAUCACAAGCGGUUUCUCUGAUGACAAUGAAAUUGGCGAUGGUGGCUUUGCAAGAGUUUAUAAGGGAAUACUUGACAAUGGCACAGUUGCGGUGAAGAAGCUUUCUGGGAUGGUUGAUAUUGAUGACAAGAAAUUCAGCAAAGAGGUUCGUUGUUUGAUGUUGGCAAAGCACAGAAAUAUAGUACGGUUCCUGGGAUAUUGCUCUGACACACAAGGUGAAAUGAUGAACUAUGAAGGAGAGCUUGUGUUGGCAGAUGUUCGACAAAGGUUACUCUGCUUUGAAUAUCUAUCCCAAGGGAGUCUUGAUAAGCAAAUAACUGAUACAUCUCAUGGACUUGAAUGGAGAAAGUGCUAUGAAAUUAUCAGUGGAAUUUGUGAUGGUUUAUGUUAUCUUCACCAAAAGCGCAUCGUUCACUUAGAUCUCAAGCCUGCAAAUAUAUUGCUUGACGAUAAUAUGAUGCCGAAAAUUGCUGAUUUUGGUCUCUCGAGGUGCUUCAAAGAAAACCAAAGCCGGAUUAUUACUUUAAAAUUGAUCGGAACCCUGGGAUAUAUGCCACCUGAAUUCUAUGGUGGACAAAUCACAUUCAAGUUUGACAUUUAUAGUCUUGGUAUUAUAAUCAUAGAGAUACUAACAGGAGAGAAGGGAUAUCCUAAUAUUGACAAGGUACUUGGGAGGUGGAGAAAUAAGUUGGAGAAAACACAGGGGGACACACAACUGGUACAAGUGCGAGUAUGCACUGAAAUAGCGAUAGAGUGCAUUGACUCCGACCCAGCUAAAAGACCAGAUAUACAACAUAUAGUUAAUAGGCUUGGUGAAACAAGAAGUGAAGUCAAGUCUGCUACUGAAACUGGGGCGAGUAGUAGUUCAUCAGUACCGCAGUUGGCAGCUUUGCCCCCUGAUCCCACAAUUGGUCAACUAUACAACAGGACAAAUCAAAACCAUCGAUUCAGUUCCAUGCUAGAUAACACCUCUAUUGUGCAGCAAGUUACUGACAGACGAGAAACAGCAUCAGAUGUGGAAGAAGCACUAAUCAUCGGGAGGAAUGAAGAAAAACAGAAAAUAGUGGCUACUUUAUCUGGUAGCAUCACACCCGAGAUGACUGUCCUUCCAAUAUAUGGCAUUGGAGGUAUUGGCAAGACAACCUUGGCUCAAAUAGUUUUCAAUGCUUCACAAUUUGCAGGUUACUCUCGGGUGUGGGUCUAUGUGUCCCAAAAUCUUGACUUGAAUAAAAUUGGCAACUCUAUACUAUCACAGCUAUCAGAGGAGAGCCACGUAGCUGAAAAGCAGAUGAUACAUAAUAAACUCAGAAAGGUACUUGCUGGUAAGAAGAUUCUUGUUGUCUUAGAUGACGUGUGGGAAAAGAAUCCAGAUACACUAAAAUCUUUGAAGGCUAUGUUAAGGCUUGGUGUGGGCAGCAUGGUGACAAUUAUCGUAACCACAAGAGAUGAAGCCAUUGCAAGGGAAAUUUGUCAUACAGUUGAGCCAUACAAGCUAGGGACUUUAACAGAUAAAUUUUGUUGGAAAAUAAUAAAAGAAAAAACUUCCUUUAAAGAUCGAGUCGAUAAAAAACAGAUGAAGCAUACGGGAAGGGAGAUUGCAACCAAGUGUGGAGGUGUGGCUUUAGCGGCUCAAUCGCUUGGAUACACAUUGAACGGCAAGUCAUCUGAUGAAUGGGAGUCGGUGAGAGACAAUUAUAUCUGGAAUCUAUCUACUACAGAUGACCCAUCAUCAAGAAAUCAUGAAGUGCUUGCAUCCUUGCUGUUAAGCUAUCACCAUAUGCCUGAAUGCUUGAAGUUGUGCUUUACUUAUUGUGCGGUCUUUCCAAAAGGUCACAAUAUUGUGAAGUAUGAUCUAAUUCACCAAUGGAUUGCUCUUAAAUUCAUCGAGCAAUGUAGUAUAUUUGAUUCUAUGCAGCUAUGCGAGAAAUAUGUUACACAACUUUUGGGGAUGUCCUUCCUUCAAUAUUCAAAGACACCUCUGAGUGAUGGUCAGAAGGACAAAGCUGUUACGUUAUUCACGAUGCAUGAUCUAGUGCAUGAUCUUGCAAGGGCGAUCUUGGCCGAUCAAGUUAACGACAAGGGCAGUACUGGGGGAAAUAGAUGCCGCUAUGCAUUGCUUACAGAUUGUAGCAAGCCAUUGCAGUCGUCCGUGACUUGUCCUGCAAAUAUAAAUGCGCUGCAUUUUCUGGGCUGUGGUAAAUUAAAACUUUGCGGUGAUGCAUUUUCACUAGCUACGUGCCUCCAUGUCUUGGAUUUAAGUGGAUGCCUUAUACAAAAGUUGCCAGAUUCUGUUAGUCAAUUGAAACAGUUGAGGUUUCUGUGCGCUCCAAAGAUCCAAGCUAAGAUGAUUCCCAGUUGUAUCACUGAGCUCUCAGAAUUAAAUUACCUCAACCUUAGAGAUUCCUAUUUCUCUGCACUGCCAGAUUCUAUUGGUGCUAUGAAAGGUCUGAUGCAUCUUGAUUUAUCACGCUGCGAGAAAAUAAAUGAACUCCCGGUAUCAUUCACAGAACUCAAGCAGUUAGUACACCUGGAUUUAUCAUAUUGCCAAGUGUCUGUAUCAGAAGCUUUUGGUGGCUUUACAAAACUUCAAUAUUUGAAUUUAUCAUCUCCUUUUAUUAAAGACGCGAAUAGGAGAGGGCUGUCAAAGGUAAUUGGUAACCUAAUCAAACUCAGGUAUCUAAAUCUAUCGGGGUGUGUGCACCUUAUGGCCCCAUCAGAAUAUCAUAUUGGCAUCUUUCUUGACUCUAUCAGCACCCUUUCCAAUCUAGAGCAUCUGGACUUGUCUCUGAAUAAAGUGCUUUUCAGUAUACCAGAAAGUAUUGGCAACCUCAGGAAGCUUCAUACAUUGAAUCUCUCAUGCUGCUACAAUCUAAAGAAGCUUCCUGAUAGUAUGGUUAAAAUGGUUAGUCUGAAGGUUGUGGAUGUGGCGAGCUGUUCUAAAUUGGAUGAAUCCGCGCUCUCCCGGUUAAAUGUUGCCUCAUUGCCAGAUUUUGUGGUGCAUGCUUCAAGUGAUAAAUGUAGUAGUAAUAUCACCCUGCUUCAGCAUACAAAUCCUGAUAGGCUGAUGAUAGAUAGACUUGAAAAUGUGAUGUCUCCAGAAGAAGCAAAGAGUAUAAAAUUGAUAGAGAAACAAAAAAUUAGUAAGCUGUCAUUUCAAUGGACCAGAGGUGCCGAGAUGGUUGUGGAUGAGAAGGAGGUGUUGGAAAAACUAGUGCCACCAAUCAGUGUACUAACAUUGUCUAUAAAGUGCUACAGCAGUGUCAGCUUUCCUGAUUGGCUUAUGGGUAUGAGGCAGUAUCUCCCUAACCUUUGUAGGUUAUAUUUGUAUGACUUUCCUAAUUGCAACAAACUACCACCACUUGGUAAACUACCAAACCUACGGUCGUUGAUUAUAGACCGUAUGGAGGGCUUGGAAGAGUGGAACACGGAAUAUACCAGUGGUGAUGAAGGUGCUGAUGAGCUCAUGUUCCCCAAGCUUCGAACAUUGACUAUCAAGCAAUGCCUCAAGUUGAGGAUAAAACCAUGCCUUCCUAGAGCUAUCAUCUCUUUGGAGAUAAUAGAUUGUGAUAAUAUGCUAUCAUCAAAGGGUGAGAGCCCAUCGCACCUCUCCCAUCUGAGUGUUUAUGACAGCGUGGUGCCCAUGCAUGAGUGGAGGUUGCUUCACGACCUCCCUGCCCUCCGUAAGUUAAGUAUUGACAAUUGCAGUGAUCUGACCACCUCAAGUGAGAUUAUCCAACACCUUUCCUCCCUCGAAUCACUGUGCCUCCAUUCAUUGUCACUAGACCAGGCAGAACUCCCGAGUUGGUUGGUUGAGCUGACGUCUCUGCAUGAACUAAGUCUAUUUAAGUACAGAAGCAUGACAUCAUUACCACAUUCGUUAGGAGAACUUACCUCUCUCGAGAAAUUGAAGAUCGAGCACUGCGAGAGGAUCAAGUCUUUGCCGGACAGCAUACAAAAACUGACCAAGCUUUACAUUCUUGAAAUUGUUGGCUGCCCUACACUAAGGAAGUGGUGUGUAUCAAAGGAGAACAAGAUGAAGAUCGCUCACAUCAACAAAAAGCUCUUGCCAAAGACGUGCAUGGGUGGAGGCUUAGCACUCCAUGGAUGACGUGGUGGAUGGAUCUGCCUGGAGAUUGGUCGCGGCGUCCAUGGAUCUGGCGUCCCGUCUAGAUCUGCCGCAGCGUGGUCUUGGCCGGCCGGCGGCGUGUGGAGGGACAUUGGUGAGGGGAUGCAAGAUCUCUGCCGGAGUACCAACGGCGGCAUACUUCUUCACGGCGAGGCUCCGUGCGGUUCCAGCAGCCAUGAGAUCGGGACGACGCGGCUUUCAGUGAAAAUCACGCCUGACUGCGGUCUUGGCGGACGAUGGUAGCGUCUCUGAUGUCGUUUCCUUUUCGAGGCAUCGUCGUUGCAGGUCACGUCAACUCGACCGGGAUGUUCCGGGGGAAACCCUAGAUCUGGGUCUACCAGAUCGGACGAUGACAGCGCCUUCGGUGUCGUUCUUCCUCCUGGGGCCAUCGUUUUGGAGCAAGUGCUGGCUGGAGGGACAAGGGGAGGAGCGGUGUUACAUUUACCGCAAGGCCGGCGACAGAUCUCGGUGGCAUGGCGUUGCGGAGUUUCGGCGACGGACGUGUGUGGAUGGAUACGUGUAGGAUGGUGGUGUUGUUUGGCGCCAUGAUGGCGUCGAAGGCAGCCCAGGCAAGGUCAAUGCGUCAAUAUCUGCUUUGGAGAUGGAUCAAUGAAGACAGCGGCGGCGGGCUCUGACAGUGCUCCAGACCGGUGUGUGCCCCAGACCCAGCAACACGGCUUGGUUGGGGCCUUCGACUUUAGAUGUUAGGCUUUGGUGUGAUGUUUGUUCGGUAUUCGGCUCAGACAAUCGGCACCCUUUCAUCGAGUGGAUAGGAAUAACGACAGAUGUUGCCAAGAUGAUGACUUCAGACUACCUAAUGUAUUACCUUGUAAGGUCUUUGUGAAUAAUUAAUAAAAUGACUGCAUGCAUCACCCAGAUGCAGAGGCUGGGCUCAUUCUCCUUUUCAAAAA